AAGAAUCCUCCCAUGAAAAUGAAAAGCAUAUUGAUAAUUCCAAAGGAAAACAAUUAAAAAAACGAAAGCUUGAAUCAGUUCAUAAAUACCUCGAUGAGCUCAAUGAUGAACUCGAAGCUUCCAA